AAUGUUUGUUUCGUCGUCUAAGCAGGGUGUGUCGGAAACCUAAUGAGCGUUUCUAAAAGGGGUUGCAAUUGCCAUAUAAUAGUAUAAUAAAUGCUGCCUGUCACUACACGGGCAGCAGUGCCAAAUAUCCCUCGAUUUAUUGAUAAAUUUACGCCGUCAUUGAGGCCCCUUUAGUUCAAAACCCUUUAUCUAGCGAGGGCCAGAUGUCGCAACAGCUUAACACCAAGGUGACCAAAGGUGCUGCAGUACUCAAAAAGGCUCUGGGAAAUACAGCUGGUGAAAGCGCGCUAUCAGUGUAAUAACUUCGAGUAAAGGAAAGAGAAAUACAAGAUCGUUCGCUAAUGAUGGGGGUAAUUCAUGAUUGGGAGACGCCUCGACUUGGCCUUCUUUACUGGCUCUUGAUCGCUGAAGGUUUCGUCAUCUUUCUAUCCAACAUCCUUACUCUCAUCACAUUUGCAACAAACAGGGCCUUGCGCAAGCGCAGUACUUACUUCCUUAUCGCAGUAGCAGCGGCCGACGCCAUGGUUGGGCUCGCGGCAAUCUUUUGCUACUCCUUCGUCCUGAUUGACAAGUACAUCUCAGGCUGGCGAUUCGCCGGAGAUGUCCUCUGGAUUGCUUGCUCGACGGCGUCAAUUAAUGGCCUUGUUCUUAUCGCCAUGGAGCGCCUGCACGCCACAGUUCGACCAUUGCGACAUCGACAGGUGCAGCCACGUGCAUACUUCUAUGGAAUCGUUGCCCAGUGGGCCAUCGCUUUGCCUCUGGGUCUAAGCUACGCAGCCACUGAUGAAGCCAUUAUCACCAUUUGGUCGCGGAAUGUUCUGGCGUUUUCCAGUCUUGCAGUGAUAUGCUGCUCGUAUUUUAUCAUCCUUGUAAACGUGAGGAAACAGCGCAUAAAACUCUCGCAUCCGUCAACUCGGCGUGAUCGCGAACUCGCCGAGACUCUGUUUAUUGUCACUGCUCUGUCACUAGUGACGUGGCUACCGGAUCUUAUAUUUCAUGAGAUUCCUCGGUAUACGAGGUUUCUGCUUGCCCACGAGCUAGUGAUGGCCUGGAGGCUACUUAACUCGGUUGUUAACCCUGUAGUGUAUGCGCUUCGGAUGCCGGACUUUAGGAAAGCCAUGGUAAAGAUAGUUUGUUCAUAAGGGGAAGAGAAACAUGCACGGGCUCAGGUCACCCGUAGGUUAUGGGGAAUUUAAAAUGCCACAACGGCAACGUCUUGGCUGGUGAACAGAAAAAAAAACAUUUUCAAACUUUAAAUAAACAUGUUUCCCCAUCAACCACGAAGAAUCCAAGUUUCAAUAGCGUUUAACAAGAACGUUCUUGGACGUAACCCAUCCAUAGCUCGCUAGAGAAGAGAAAGGUCCUCAUCUUUGCUUUAUAUUUGGAGUUUUUAAGCUUAUUUAAUAUUAAUCACUAAAAGCAUAAAAACAUGUUUUGUCACGAUUUCCUUGCCGUCGCCGAUGCCGUUGCUUAAACUUUCAAGUGUAAAUAAAACAGUUAUCGUAGCAAUCGACACCCACUUGGUUAAGUGGGAAAAGAGAGACACUUCCGACGAAAACAGAAUAAUUGAGUAGAGAAGGGAUAAUUUGAAACAUAAACCUCCCGAGUGCCAUUUGAAAGCACACGAUUUGGGAAACUAGUCAGUGCUAGAAGCGCGGUGUUUUGGCUGCAAGGAAAGUGCUAAUCGUCAGUCGAUAGUGUCGCCUGAAGGAUUCUUACUGCGUACGUGCGCUUUACUGUAAGUUAUGAGAGUAAUCCAGAUGGCAUAAAAACAUGACAUUAUAAUCAUCAGAGUUUACAAAAUUAGAAUAGCCCUGUCUCAGAACAGCAAGGCGUUUUUUUUUGGCGGGGGCCAAUGGGAGGGGAGGGGGGGUGGUGGUCACCGUGUUGGAAGAGGAACAAGAGUAGAUAGAGUUGGACAAAUGCACUAUGGUUAUUUGUACUGAUAUACUAUUUUUUAAGGAGGGGUUGAAUUUAUGAAUGCCAUACCAACAUCUUCCAAAGUGGUAGACUAGUGCACGCUCCCCUUCUUUUUCGGCAAAAUAACAAUAAAACACUUUUUCAGCUCUUAACGAAUUAUCAGUUGAUAUGUGUUUAUAUAUAUUUGAAAGAUUUUAUGUUUUCGUCGCUUGGUGUGAUGGGCAGACAUUGCGCGCGUUUGCGACUCGAAAUGUCACUUGUGCUUUCGUAGUGCAAGUUGGCUGAGAGAAGUUUAAAGUUGCUUUAAGAAGGGUGGUUCCAUUGCCCUGAAUCCGCCACUGGAUAUAGCUUAUCAAUGCUGCAAGAUUAGUAUAGACAAAAGGCAUAUCAAUUCGUUAUUA